AUGGAGAGUUCCGAACAUAAGAUGGAGGAGCCCAGAUUGGACUCAACCCUGUGGGGUGGUGCUCCCCAGUACAUCUAUGUCCACUUUGAGAAGUGCACCAGUUACGGGAUCCCGUCGGAGGCAGGGUGCGAGGCCAGGGGGACGGGGGAUGACCUGCACUACCUGGAGAACUCCCUCAGCCAUCCACAGCUCUAUGGGCAGUACACAGACCAGCUCUCUGACUUUGCACAGAAGGAAGUGGCAAAACUACUGAGUGAGAAAGAGACCCCAGGGAACAGCCAGAGCCCCCAGAAACGGGACAGCCAGACAGAGGUCAAAGAGGAGCGGUACUCCAAAUGCCAAGACUGUGCUAGAAACAUUCAGAAAUACGUUACCAAGAAGCUUGGAGAAGACUGGAUAUUCCUGGUUCUGUUGGGUCUGGUCAUGGCGCUGGUGAGCUGGGGAAUGGAUUAUGCCAGCGCCAAGAGCCUGCAGGCUUACAAGUGGAUGUACAAGGAGCUGCACCCGAGUGUCCCUAUGCAGUACUUGGCCUGGGUCACCUACCCCCUCAUCCUCAUCCUCUUUGCUGCUGUCUUCUGCCACCUCGUCUCCCCACAGGCUGUUGGGUCUGGGAUUCCUGAGCUGAAGACAAUCAUGCGUGGAGUGGUCCUCAAGGAAUACCUCACACUCAAAGCUUUUGUGGCCAAAGUUGUAGGCCUGACAGCUGGGCUGGGGAGUGGCAUGCCUAUAGGGAAAGAGGGUCCCUUUGUGCACAUUGCCAGCAUCUGUGCUGCUGUGCUCAGCAAGUUCAUGUCAAUCUUCUGUGGUGUGUAUGAGAAUGUGUACAGGCAGCUCGAACUCCUGGUGGCGGCUUGCGCGGUUGGAGUUGGAUGUUGCUUCGGGGCUCCUCUUGGAGGGGUGCUCUUCAGCAUUGAGGUCACUUCCACCUACUUUGCUGUGCGCAAUUACUGGCGUGGUUUCUUCGCAGCCACGUUCAGUGCCUUCAUUUUCCGAGUGCUCGCCGUGUGGAACAAGGAUGCAGUCACCAUCACGGCCCUGUUCAGAACUAACUUUCGAAUGGAUUUCCCCUUUGAUCUGCAGGAGCUGCCAGCCUUUGCUGUGAUAGGGAUCUGUUGUGGGUUCCUUGGAGCCUUUUUCGUUUACCUCAAUCGCCAGGUGGUUCUGUGUGUCCGACGGCAUACGGCUCUGAGCCAAUUUCUCACCAAAUACCGCCUUGUAUACCCAGGAGUAAUAACCUUCCUGAUAGCAACGGUGACCUUCCCGCCGGGGUUCGGGCAGUUCAUGGCUGGAGAGUUGAUGCCCAGGGAAGCCAUCAGCUCCCUGUUUGAUAAUUACACCUGGGCAAAGCACAUGGGGGACCCACAAAUCCUAGGGAAAUCUGCCAUCUGGAUCCACCCCAAAGUCAGUGUCUUUGUCAUCAUCCUGCUCUUCUUUGUCAUGAAGUUCUGGAUGUCUGUUGUCGCCACUACCAUGCCGAUACCUUGUGGAGGCUUCAUGCCUGUUUUUGUACUGGGGGCUGCCUUUGGCCGUCUCGUUGGUGAAAUCAUGGCAUCACUCUUCCCUGAUGGGAUCCUCUUUGAUGGCAUUGUUUACAAAAUCUUACCUGGAGGAUACGCCGUCAUUGGUGCAGCAGCCCUGACAGGAGCAGUGAGCCACACCGUCUCCACAGCAGUGAUCUGCUUUGAGUUGACGGGUCAGAUCUCCCACAUCCUGCCCAUGAUGGUUGCUGUCAUCCUUGCCAACAUGGUGGCUCAGAGUUUGCAGCCCAGUCUCUAUGACAGCAUCAUCCAGGUGAAGAAGCUGCCUUACCUGCCUGACCUGGGCUGGAAUUACAUAAGCAAAUACAAUAUCUUUGUUGAGGAUAUUAUGGUCUGUGAUGUGAAAUUCAUCUCCUCUACUUGUACAUACCAGGACCUGCAGACCCUGCUUCAGAGCACAACUGUCAAGACCUUGCCUCUAGUGGAUUCACCAGAGUCCAUGAUCCUGCUGGGCUCAGUAGAGCGGUCGGAGCUGCAGGCCCUUCUCCAGAGGCAUAUUGGCCAGGAGCGGCGCCUGCGCAUCAUCAAAGAAAUGGAGCAGAAGCUGUCUGAGGCGCCCUACGAUGGGCACAGCAAAGGCCAGUGGGCAGCCAUGCCCAGUUGGAAGCGCGAAUCUUUUGCUUUCGUGGAUGAGGAUGAGGAUGAAGAGGAGAAGGCUGAGCCACCUCAGCAACUCUCUCCUGCUCCCAGUCACCCUGAAGAACCCAAUGGCCCAGUGGCUCCUCAUAAACCAAUGCCAGAAACAUCGGGGCCCCAGGAAACCCCAGCCAGGAGUUUCUGGAGCUUGAGGCAGCUGAUCCAGCAGCUUUUGUGCCAUUACAACCGUCCACCAGAGAUGGAGAGCAUUGCCCAGGACUAUGUAGAGGUUAUAGAUACAAUGAAGCCAGAGGAGAUAGAUGCAUGGGAGCAGGACGAGCUGAAUAAGGAGGUGUGCUUUGACAGCUGCUGCAUAGACCCCUCCCCUUUUCAGCUAGUGGAGAGGACUUCCCUGCACAAGACACACACCUUGUUCUCCUUGCUGGGCCUCAGCCAUGCCUAUGUGACCAGUAAGGGGAAGCUGAAGGGAGUGCUGGCAUUGGAAGAGCUCCAGAAGGCAAUUGAGGGCUCCACGCGCUCUGGUGUCCGCCUCCGUCCGCCCCUCGCCAGCUUCCGAGACACCAAUCGGACCUCAGUCAGCAAUGAGCAGAGUAGCCAGGUUUCACAGGUGUGGAGCCGGCAGGACAGCUGUGUGGUGCCUGUGAGAGGAGCUGCGGACUCAGGGAUGGGGAGCCCACUGCCCUCCAGCUCCCCCUCCCCACAGCCCCCGCCCUUCCCUGAGGAGGGGAAGGGGCUGCACUCUGUCUCAGCUGCUGACGCUGAGCUGGAGGAAAUGGAGCUGUCUGGCCCUGCUGCUGAGAACAUCUCAGACAUCCUCAAGGACCUGAGCCUGCGCUCCACGGACCUGGAGGAGGACGAUGAAGAGGAUGUGCCCCUAUAACCGGUGGGAAGAGGGGAUGUCAGUGAGCCAGCCCUGCUACACAUGCUCCUCAGGGAGAAGCCUGAGGACUCUCUCUCCAAUGCUCCAGCAUCCGCAGUAGCUUAGUUGGGGGAGGGAUCACAGGACUGCCCUUCUGUUGUCCUCACUACCUGGAGUGUUGUGCUACCUGGGACAGAUAGGGGUGCAUGUGUGAGGGGGGAGAUGGACUCCCCCAGGUGGCAAGGGGGAUGCUGGGAUUAAAGGCCCGACUCUUUCUCUCCCAGCACUUAUGGUGAGCAUAUGGGGGAGGGAGGCAGCAGGAACCAUAAUGAGGCAUGGACCCCACUGGCUGCAGGGACAGAUGCUCUGAACAGAUUGUGCCAUUGUGAGAGAGUGGUGGGGAGCGGAUGGGGGCCACAGCCCUGCCUCUUCUCCAUUCUCAGAACACCCUGAAGAACAGCAUGACUUUCUCUGCUUCCCCUGCCCCCCAACAGUUCCUGCAGGAACCUUCCCACAACCCAGGAUUUCUGACUAGUGAAAAUUCUCAGGGGCAGGGGGAUUGUGCAAGCAAUGAGCGGGGAGAGGGCAAGCCCCCCGAACACCCUCCUGUACAAUCCACUCAGCCACAGCUGUAUCCCUGAAGAUUGUGGGUUGAGCCAGCCUGACACCUAGAGACACCCAGCAUCCCUGGGGUAAUAAUAGCUUUAUAUACAGUGGCUCAUUCAUUAGCACAACACCCCUCCCUGCAGUUCCUAAGGGUGGUCGCCAUCUUCCCAAACACCUCACAAACACACACGCUUCCCACACUUGUAUCUAGAAGCAACUUUCCAUCUUAGAAUCCCACCACCCCAUGCCCCUGUAGCCCCUUCAAGCCCCUCUCCCAUCCUGCGCACCAAGAACAUUCUUGUCCAGAAACACUGGGUCUUGUUCCGGAUUCUCACUCUGGUAUUUUCGUUGGUGGGAGGACUGCUGGGGGCUUGUCCUGGGCCUGCCAGCGCUGCCACGAAGAGGGAGAUUUCUUACUGCUCCCACAAGCAUGGUUGGGAGGGAGGAAAGGCUGCCGGAUCUUUGUCACGGUUCUUUAAUAUACUCAGGACUUUAAAAAAGAAUUGGAUGGGAGGAAAGACUUCUUGUUUUCCGGUUGGCUCACUGAAGUCUUUAAGCAGAAUGGCCAAGAUUGGAGUGGGUUGGUCAGAGGUCACAAAGGCAUGGACGAAUGAGCA